AGCUCUUCUGCUGAGAUGCUCUAGUAUGCCAAACCAAAACAAAAUUUUCACGAGGGAGAAGAAACUUCAGCCAAUCCUAAGAUAUUUCCCUCAACACCAGACUCCUACCCAUGUCUUCCUAAAACUUCCGUGGGCCAUAAACCAGCUUCAAUUCAACGCCACAACCAUAGUCUAGCGCUCAAAAAUCUACGAUGGGAAGCAACUCGGGAGAUCAAGAAGCCAGCCACGCCGUCACGAUUUGGGAGGUCGACAAGGAGCACAUAGCCCAGAUGGAAAAGAGGAUCUCCGAGACAACCCCGAAAUUACUAAGCAUAGCCGCUGGAAGAAGCACUUGUUGCAUAUUCAGAGUCCCCCAGAGCCUAAUCGACAUCAACGGCAAGUCGUACCAGCCCCGCAUAGUCUCCAUCGGACCCUACCACCACGGGAAGCCUAACCUCCAAAUGAUGGAGGAACACAAGUGGCGGUACCUCCGUUCCUUCCUCUCCAGGACGAAGGAAACCACAGGUAAAACCUUAGAGGAUUACUUGAAAAGCGUACACCCACUGGAAAAGGAUGCCAGAGAGUGUUAUUCAGAAACCAUCCACCUCGGCACCGAUGAGUUCCUCGAAAUGAUGGUUCUUGAUGGUUGUUUUUUACUUGAAUUGUUUCGCAAGAUGGACAAUACGAAACUGUUCGAGGAUGAAGACCCUCUCCUGACUAUGGGGUGGAUAUUACCGUUUUUCUACAGGGACUUUCUCCGGCUCGAGAAUCAGAUCCCGUUCUUUGUUCUCGAACGGUUGUUUGAAACUUCCAAAACGCCUGACGAGGAGUCCGGUCCGUCCCUGUCCUUGCUCGCUAUGCGAUUUUUCAACAACAUAAUGAGAAGACCCGACCCAGUCAUAGAGACGUGCCACAAUCCCAAGGGCUUGCAUUUGCUUGACUUGGUUCGGUCAAGUUUUAUCCCACGCAAUGAAGAAUCGCCGCCACAAGAUGGCAACACACCGACCCAUAUUAUUCACUGCUUCUCGAAGCUCCAACGUGCGGGGAUUGAGCUCAAACCGGGAGAGGCGGAGAGCUUCAUGGUGGUGAAAUUCAGGCACGGUGUGAUUGAGAUGCCGAGGAUAACCAUCGACGAUUUCAUGAGCUCCUUCUUGCUGAACUGUGUGGCGUUCGAGCAGUGCCACAACAGCGCCUCCAAGCACGUUACCACUUACGCUACUUUCUUGGACUGCCUUGUGAACACCGCCAAGGACGUCGAGUACCUUAGCGACUGCAACAUCAUUGAGAAUAAAUUUGGCAACGACGCCGAGCUUGCACACUUCAUCAACAAUUUGGGUAAGGACGUGGCGUUUGAUAUUAAUCUCUGUUAUUUGUCCAAAUUGUUCAAUGACGUGCACGAAUAUUACGGGAGCAGUUGGCAUGUGCAGUAUGCCAGCUUCAAGUAUACAUAUUUUCGAACGACAUGGUCGUUCAUUUCGGCGGUGGCUGCGCUUGUGCUCUUGGUGCUUUCGUUUUUGCAGACCUUCUACGCCAUCUAUGCUUAUGUGAGACCUAAGCCCUAAUCCCUCCUGUUCCGGCUGCUCCCCUCCACAGGAUAAAAACUUUUUGGUAAUAGCUAGUGUUAAGAGGAUCAUGGAUGUUCGAAGAGUGUAAAAGUUCUCGGAGUUUGUUGUGAGUUCUGAGUUCUUGUAAUGUUUUCUCAAGUGAUCGAGUUCUUGUAAUGUAAAACAGGGAAGUCUAAUUCGUGGA